UACACAGCACUGCUUUUCACUGACAGCCACUUAGGCGCCGUUCCAAUAAGGUUGCUCAAUGCAGUGCAACAACACAAGGGGACACCAGGCAGUUUUAGCACGCCGUUGGCAAGCUCAUGGCGCCUAUCGGGAUCAGUCACAGUCGCGUCUGGCUCAGAAUCUUGUCCACUGAUUGGUUCCGGUCGAUAUUCGACGCAAACCACGCUAUCAACGGUUUCCUAAAACUCUUCGGUGUAAUGUUCCCCCAUUUGCGAAGUGCAAGCUGCUAUCGGAUGCGGCUGUCAACCAACCACCAGCCCCCGUUCUAGAAAAUGGAGAGGAGAUAAAAUCUACUGAUAUUGCGGCUUCAUAAAGAGACGUGCGCGCUUUACAGAUCGCCUACUUCUGCCCGAGGAUCAGCUGCGAUAUGGAGGAGCCAGUACACACUACAGGGUGUCCGGUCGUCGUGCGCCCGGCCUCCGACCCAAACUCCUUGGAACUACGGAGUGAUAACUUGGCAUGUCUCCUGACCCACCCCGAUGUUGCAGAUCUCCCUGUGGUGGUUCUCUCGGUCGCCGGAGGCUUCCGACUGGGAAAGUCCUUCCUUCUCGGAUUCUGCAUCAGGUACCUGGAGCACCUAGAGGCGUCGCCAGAUUCAUCUGAUUGGAUGGAGCAGGAUAAUAUACCCUUGACGGGGUUUUCCUGGAGGUACGGCAGCCAAAGGGAGACGACUGGCAUUCACCUGUGGGGAAAAGUGUUCAAGGUGGAGACGAAAAGAUAUGGGACCGUGGCAGUCAUCCUCAUGGACACGGAAGGUUCAUUCGACAACAGGACCACGCUAGAAGGAAAUGUUACAAUUUUCUCAAUCAGCAUGCUGCUGAGUUCUAUCCAACUGUACAACCUCACCAAACAAAUAACCCAAGCCGAUUUGGAACACCUGAAGCUAUUUACGGAGUAUGCUAGCAUGGCUAGAAAUGCUGGUGGCGAUGGCAAUGAAGUGUUCCAGAAGCUCCUGUUUCUCAUACGUGACUGGCAAUUUCCGCAAGAGAAAUCUUUUGGACUGGAAGGCGGAGAAGAGCUGCUUCAAGCUUUGCUUGAAACGGACCCCACACUGCCAGAUGAAGUAUGCGAACUGCGUAAAAGGAUCAGAACCAGCUUCGCCGAAGUGGGAUGUUUCCUCAUGCCCAGACCUGGUGACGCAGUAGAGAGCCAGGGUUUUGACGGAAGGCUUAGUGCUUUAAGUGAGGAUUUUAGGGAUCAGUUAGACAGCCUCCUGGAUUACCUGCUUUCAACCGAAAGGCUACUUCCCAAAAUGAUUAAUGGAAGGAAGAUUACGUGUAAAGAGCUCGUGUCUAUGUUCCAGGUUUAUUUCAACGUCUUCAGCGGAAAGCAGCUCCCUGAACCCAUGACAGUCUUCAACGCAACAGCAUAUGUUAAUAACAAGCGAAUCAUCGAAGAAAUCGUAAAACAAUAUGAAACCGAAAUGGAAGCGGUCGCCAGGAUGACUGCAGACUCCGAUUCUGACAGUGAUAUCGUAACUGAACAUGAUAGGCUGAUGAGAGUGUGCUUGGAAAAGUUCGAGAGUGCACCCAAGCUGGGAGACUUCGUGACAACUCUUCGGGAAAAGCUGAUAGAGGAGCUGAAUAGUCGCUACGACACCUUGAAACGCACUCGCAAUAUGCUGAGGGAGUAUAGCCAUGAAAUGAAGAACCGGGUCGCUGAGGAGCGAGAGCUUUGUCAACGUGAAUACCAAGCAAGAAUGGAGAAGAUGUUUCAGGAGGAGAGCGAGAGACGUGCCAAGGAGAUGAGAGAUGUGGCCGAAGCGCACAACUUAGAUUUGAAAAAGCUGAUUGAAGAAGAGAGGCGAAGACAUGAGGACGAGAAGGCUGAAUUGUGCAGAGAAUUUCAACUACGUGAAAGUCAGCAAGACCCGUGCGUCAUACUUUAAGAACCAGAGGCUGCGAGACCCUCCUCUAUACGGACCAGUCAAGGCUGCGCCGGGACUUUGGUUAAAGGUUACACGCUGUUGCUAGCAACGAUGACAGUAUUCGCCGAGUAUGGGAACUGCAGUUCAACUCAAUUGGAUUCACUAUUUACAUGCCUGUAUUUGUCUUUUGCAUUUCCAAGACGGUUUUUUACGGCAAAUUCCGAGCCGAAUUGAAUAAGUUUAAUCGCAACACCAGCCGUGUAUCUUAGCAUUGUUUAAUCAUGGACAACACUCGCAGUAAACUUUGACAGUAAUUUACAAUUAGCACACGUACGGACUGGUUGCUCGUUGCUAAAGGUGUUGUAACUAGUAACUGUCUAGCAACAGGCUUUUCACUUGCGGAAAUAAAGACCGUGAACCUA